AUGACAGGUGCUAACUUUUGCACAGGAGCCAUGAAACUCCAACACACCCUCUUUACUCUGCUCGCCGGCACCACGACUGCUCACCCACAUCACCAUACUGACGCACUAAGGCAAAUCUACCAAUACCCCCUUGGCACCUGGAUCGAGAACCUCGCCAUAAGACCAAGCGAUGAGAUCCUAGUGACGCUUCUUGACACGGCUCGAGUCGAUCAAUUCUCACCAUGGGGGCUCGAUCCAAAACCUAAGACGAUUGCGACGUUUCCGGACGCAUUGAGUGUCUCGGGCAUUGCGGAGGUGGAGGAGGAUGUUUUCGUUGUUGCGGUGGGAAAUUUUUCGCUUGGGGGUGAGAAUGCUGGGCCUGUGGAGGGGGGUUGGGGGUUGUGGAGUGUGGAUGUAAGGACGGAAGAGGUGGGAAUGGAGAAGGUGGUGGGGUUAUGGGAGAUGGAGUUUCCGAAUGGGAUGACGACAUUGCCUGUCUUGAAAGAUGUCCUGGUCGGCGAUAUCCGCACGGGGAAAAUCUGGCGUGUCAAUACCACGCCUGGAGAGCAUGAAGUCGUGAUUGAGAAUAACCUCACUGCCGUGGUGCCGGAUCCAAUCUAUGGGGUCUCUGGCGUGAACGGACUGAAAGUUCAUGAUGGCGCCCUAUACUUCGCCAACACAGGCCAAGCCCUCUUCGCAAAGCUUCCAAUCAACACAGACGGCACCCCAGCAGGAGAGCCCUCGAUCAUCACCCGGGCUAUCAACUCGACACUCCAAUACGACGACUUCGCGAUUCAGGGUGAAAAUGCAUAUCUCGUUACCGGCUCUGGCAAUUCGAUUGAGAAGGUUGGACUGGAUGGGACGCGGAAGAGGAGGAUCAUUGCGGGGAGUCUGAACUCGACGCUGAUUGCGCAGCCGACUGCUUGUGCGUUUGGGAGGACGGAGUGGGAUCGGCAUGUGUUGUAUGUGGUCACUGCGGGCGGACUUGUGGUGCCUGUGAAUGGGGAUGAGGUGGUUGGGGCGCAGGUUUUGGCUGUUGAUAUGAGGCGGUGGGAAGGGCUUGGGAGGGAAGAGGGGUGA